AUGAGCCUACUAAUACCGGCCCGGGAACGUGCUCGGUCACUCGACCGGAAAGACGAGCUAAGGCGCUUUCGCAGCGAGUUUGCUAUCCCGAGCACGUCACAAAUCCACAGUGAUACACUCACUCUCCCGAGCGACAAUACGGGAGCGCCGACCGUACCUCGACGGAGCAUCUACCUCUGCGGCAACUCGCUGGGCCUCCAGCCUAUGCGCACUGCAACGCGCAUCCAGCAACACUUAUCGACGUGGGCUGCACAGGGGGUGCAAGGCCACUUCAAACCGCUGGCCGACAGCCCAUUACCAACAUGGCUGGAUGCCGAUGCUAAGGCUGCAGAAAUGAUUGCACCCAUCGUCGGCGCCGAGACGUCCGAGGUUGCAGUCAUGCAGACAUUAACGGCUAAUCUGCACCUGCUGCUGUCUGCAUUCUACCGACCGGAGACCCGCGGGCGGCACAAGAUUAUUUUAGAAAGCAAGGCUUUCCCUAGUGACCAUUUUGCUGUCGAGACUCAAAUUCGCCACCACGGACUGUCCGUUGCGACGUCUAUGGUUGUCGUCGAUAUGCCGUCGUCCGAAAACCCCAGCACCGCUACCCACGAUGUGAUGGCAACCAUCUCUCGGCAUGCCGUUGACACAGCGGUGCUGCUCCUACCCGGCAUCCAGUACUACAGCGGCGAGUUCUUGGAUAUUCCCGUCAUCACUGACUUUGCCCAUGCUCACGGCAUCUUUGUGAUCUGGGACCUAGCCCACGCAGUAGGCAACGUGCCCCUUCGGCUACAUGACUGGGACGUUGAUGCAGCUGUCUGGUGUAGUUACAAGUAUCUUAAUAGUGGGCCCGGCGGCAUCGGCGGCUUGUUUGUCCACACUCGUCACAGCCAGGUUACACGGUCCAUCAUCGACGACCAACCACACACCGGAUUUCCAAACCGGCUUGCGGGCUGGUGGGGUAACGAUAAGGCCACGCGCUUUGCGAUGACCACAAAGUUUCAUCCUGUACCGGGCGCCGCUGGCUUCCAGCUCAGCAACCCAAGCAUUUUGGACAUUACAAGCCUCUGCGCGUCGCUUGAGGUCUUCCGGGAAGCUGGUGGCGUGGAUGCUUUGCGAAAAAAAUCCGUCGGUUUGACGGGCUUCUUGGAGGCAUUGCUCAAUUCUUUACCUAGCGAGUUGCGUAGCAAGUUUCGCAUUCUUACGCCGUCGGUUCCCGCCCAUAGAGGCGCGCAGCUGAGCCUUCUCAUUGGCGACGGGUUGCUGGACUCUGUGAUGGAUGUGCUACUUGCACGUUCUGUCAUUGCCGACGAGAGGAAACCCAAUGUUAUUCGUGUUGCUCCCGCACCGCUCUAUAAUUCCUACGAGGAUUGUGUCGACUUUGUUGAAGCUUUUGAGGAUGCUUUGAAGAAGGCCGGCGCACCCUCUCCGGGUGUGAAUUGA